AUGCCUCCACGCAAGUCCACGUCGCGCAAGAGCGACGUCUCAACCGCCCGUGUAGUCCCCGUAGAGGCCACGCCGCCCAAAGAGCCCACCCCGGCUCCUGCUGCGGAUGAGCCUGUGGUUGCGGCUGCUGAGGACUCACCAGGCGCUGAGAAGAAGGACAAGGACAAGGAGAAGGAGAAGGAAAAAGAACGGGAGAAGGAAAAAGAAAAGGAACGAAAUGACGCCAUAGCAAUUGAGGACCUCACAUUGCCCAAGUCUAUAAUCACAAGACUGGCCAAGGGAGUGUUACCGGCCAACACACAGAUCCAGGCCAAUGCCAUCCUGGCCAUGAGCAACAGUGCUACCGUCUUUAUCAGCUAUCUGGCCUCACACGCAAAUGAGAACACCGUCAACGCAGGCAAGAAGACGGUAACUCCCGCCGAUGUCUUCAAAGCCCUCGAGGACACCGAGUUUUCCUUCCUACGUGCCCCCCUGGAGGCUGAGUUCGCAAAAUUCAACGCCAUCCAGACUGAGAAGCGCACCUCGUACCGCCAAAAGGUCCGCGCCAAGAAGUCCGACGACCCGGACACCUCCAUGGCCGACACGUCGCAAGUCGACGCCGACACGACCAUGGCCUCGGAGGCCUCGGGCCCGCGCACCAAGCGCGCCCGCGUCGACCCCUCGGCGGCCGCGGAGGUCGAAGACGAUGCGGAGACGGAGGACGAGGAGCCCGUGCCGGAGGAUGAUGACGAGGAUAACGAGGAAGAGGAGGAGGAUGACGACGAGGGUGAGGGUGAGGCUAGUGGUGAUGAGACGCAGGAUGCGCUGGAGGAGAAGGAGGGCAGAGAUGACGCCGAUGAGGCGCUUGAUGGAGACGAGAGUGACUGA